CCAAAAGUUAAACUGUGGCUCCUCAUGUGCCCAUAUUAAUCUGGCUGUCUUUCCUUCCUGACCAUCACUGUUAGUGACAUGAUGACCACUUUCAAGACCUUAACAAUCGUCGCGCUUGAGGAAUAAAGUCUUCCUCAUAUAUACUACAUAGCUUGUUCCUCAUCACCGAUCACUGCUAAGCUGCGUCUUCGAUUGCCCUUCGACAGAUUCUAGAUCAAAAAUAAAUAUCAUCAAUCUAUUGACUCCCGAUUCCCAACACACCAAUUAAGAAAAAUAUAAGUAUGAUCUUCCAGGCUCGAGCUCGCUGUCCCUCCAUCUUCAAAUCGUCUUGGCCCAGAUCCCCAACAACCUCAACAUCAAUCCUGCCCGGCCACCGCAGAAACCCACACAGUGCCCCACUCCUUCUUCCAAAACAUAUCCGGCUCGUCUCAACCGCCAAUCCCUUGAUGCACAAAGAUCUCCAGACGCCCCCAGACCAAAGCCACUCUAAUUAUAGGCUCCAAGAGCGGGACGAAAAAGCCCAAGAUUCUGAGGGAUUCCUCGGCCAAAACCGCACAACUGGUGGUUCUUCCAAAAUCGAUCGUGAUGGAAGGAUCGCCCCCUCGUCUCACGAGAAAGCCGAGAGGCUCUUUAAUCACCCUCUGGAGGACGAAAUUGUUGCAGAAGCAUUCAACAAUCAUGAAUAUUUAGACACCAAACGCAUCGUCGAUCCCACGCUCCAGACGCUCCAGAAGAUGGCCCGCCAGUGGACGCCCGACGAAUACCUGGCCCCUUCUACUUCCCUCGUUGCAACAUCGACGGGUGGCAAAUCGCGACUCUUGAAGGAGCUGUCGAGACGCACAUGCGUCGUCUAUAUCUGUCUCCGGCCCAAACACUCGUCUGGUUUUCCGCCCCGAUCCGAAUAUCCUGCGGGCGUGCUUCUCGAUUCCAAGUGUCCAACCCUGGAAACUCGAUACGAAGAGCUGUUGUGUGCUAUCUUGUAUACUGUGGCCGAUUUCUUUUCGACCCAAGAACCGGGGAGUAGACAAGAAAGAUUGGAGCAAUGGAUUCUCCAUAGCUUUCCACAAUCCAAUCGGUCUGGCGAGCCACCCUUUUGGACAGACGUCGAGACAAAGAUGAACGAGAUCUCCAGCAGAUCGGCUCGACCUCUGACUGUCUACGAGAAGCACACCCAACUUCGAGAGGCAUUAAAGAGGAUGAAGGAGAGUACCAAGUUCAUUGAGCAAGACGACCUCAGAGUGCUCUUGGCAAUCGACCAAGCCAGCGAAUUGCUUGCGAGUUAUAGCUCUUCCCCAGAUCUGUCGUUCUUGAGCAUUUUCCGGGGGGCUCUUCAGAAGAUACCAUCCCAUUCGACCGGGUUUUUCUCCAUCCUUGCAGAUACCAACUCUCCUCUUUCGAUUUUCCAUCCUGAUCAUCCCAACCACAGGAUCGGCAAGCACAAGCCCAAAAAGCUUUUCGAUCCCAUAUACCAAAUUUGUUCCUUUGAUGUCCACGUGAGCGAUCCGCCCAGAGAUCAGCACCAGCUGCAAUCCGCAUUUAGGCUCUUAUCUUAUGGCUCCCCCUUUUGGCGGGCGUAUGCCGAUGAAGCCAAGAGGAAGGGACUUGCGGACGAUGAGAUCAUCCAAGGCUUGACCCAACAUGCUCUUCAAAAGCUUCUAUCCACGAAUGGCCAGUCGGUUCCAGCCGGCGCCCUGAGCGAUUCCCAGGUGUUUGCAUUGCUUGGGUCGACCAUACAGCCUCCAACCUUGGGAGCUUCACAUCUGAAUGCCCAGCUCGUUUCAAGCCAUGGAGCGCAAUGCAUGCACAUCGACCCCUCUCAUCUCAAGCUCACGAGUGGAUAUCCCUCCCAAUUCAUCUUGUCUUCGGCAGCCAAUCAGUACCUGGCCUCCGAUGAAGCCAGGCUCAUCCGGUGCAUCCAAGUGCUUGCCUCUAUCAACCGCCAACGCUUGUUUAAUCUCGGCGAUAUUGGAAGACUACUGCAGACCUAG